CAGCCGGAGGUCAUGUGACCGAGGAGCGUCCUCUCCAGCCUUCACAAGGAGUUUGUUUGGAACGACAGCUGCUGCUGCUCCAGUCCGCACGCGCUUAAUGAUGGAGGCUCGGCGCGCGCUCUUCCUCGUCGUGCUGGCCGCCGCCGCCGCCGCGGGACUCGUGGCCGUGGUCUUCGUGCUGAAAUGGGUGCUCCACUUUCGGGAAGGCCUGGCCUGGGAUGGGGGACCCGGGGAGUUCAACUGGCAUCCGGUGCUAAUGGUGAUCGGGUUUGUCGUCCUGCAGGGGACCGCCAUAAUUGUCUACAGGCUCCCAUGGACGUGGCAUAGCAGCAAACAGUUGAUGAAGUUCAUCCAUGCAGGCUUGAAUUUACUGGCCUUCUCUCUUGCCGUCAUAUCAGUGGUGGCAGUGUUUGAUUUCCACAACUAUGCCAAGAUUCCUAACAUGUACAGUCUGCACAGCUGGGUGGGCCUGGCUGUGGUUGUCCUGUAUGCUCUGCAGCUUGUGCUGGGAGUCUUCAUGUACUUGAUCCCAGUUACACCUGUGUCCUUGAGAGCCGCGUUCAUGCCUCUCCAUGUCUACACUGGCCUUUUACUCUUUACCAGUGUCAUAGGCGUGGCACUAAUGGGCAUUACAGAGAAGCUCAUUUUUGGCCUGAAGGACCCGAAGUACAAGGACUCUCCACCGGAGGCGGUUUUUGUCAAUGUUUUGGGAGUCCUCCUGGUGGUUUUUGGAGGUCUAAUCCUUUGGAUUGCCACUCGAACAUCUUGGAAACGACCCAGUGACCAGAUCUUGCAUAACCUGCAUACCAACGUGGGAGGGGAGGACAGCACCAAAGUUGGACCAGCCUUAUCUCAGCUCUCUGAAGGAAAUGACGCCGAAUCCAGCUCAGAUGUCAGGAAAAGGAGCAGUAAGAUGGAUUAUGAGGCUAACUAAUAUUCAGGACGCCUUUGUCAUCAUCUUCAACACUGACAUAUUUGCAACAAUUAGUCCUCGCUGGAUUUAGAAAGCUAAAGUGAUUACAAGAUCAUUUAUCUUACAUUAAUGACUUCCUCUCUUGCACUAUUCAGCAUUUCAUUUGAAGCUUAUUUUCUUCAUGUAUUGCUAUAAGCAUAUGUACAUAAUGGUAAGGUACUUUAUAACAAGUUUCAGAUGGUUAUUGUGGAAAUGAUGGAGGAAUGCUUUACAAAUUUGUAUAGUAAUUUCUUUGUCUUGAAAUACAUUUUGUAUGGGGAAAGAUCAGUGUCAAGUGUCAUAAUAAACUUUUCCUACAUCUUUCCA